AUGCGCGUCAAACGCACCCCGACUGGUCAGAUCCGGAGCGGCAGCGUCUACAAUAAAGUCUUCGCCAAUCCCAAGCUACUCGACCUAAUCCUCGACCACAUCCCACCACUCGCACUCUACCCAAUCCGAAACCUGAACAUUACCUUCAGAGAUGCAAUCAACGAAGAGAAGUACAGCACAGCGAUGCUCCUCGAGUUGCCCAGGGAUCCCAGCGUACAUCCUCUUGUCGAGAACCUGGAGAAUUUCGGAAUCAACAAGGCACUCUCCCCAUUCUCCAUCGCAUCCAUCGAGGGCAGCGCUGAUGCAGAUCUCCAAAUCUCCGUCCGCAUCAACGAGGAUAUGCCGCUCUAUCGAGAUGAAGGUGCCGAGUACUAUCACGUCAAGAAGGGAAAGGAGGAGUUCUGGAUCCCGAGCGGCAGAGUUCCGAAGAUGCAUAAGAAGACAUUGGGUACUUCGUGGCGUCAGUUCAUGGUCAAGGAGGAGCGUGGCGAGGUUCAGAUUCAGAUUGGACUGGUUAAUGAGGGGAUGCCACUCAAGGAGAUCAGCACGACUUUGAUCGGUGCACGUGUUACGCUUGGCAUGGUGGUGGAUGCGGUUGCCGUUAGAAAUGGCAGGUACAGGUCGAUGAAUGUUUGA